UCAACGCAGACGGCUCUUCACCACGGCGGGUCCGCAACUAGCGACAAGGGAGAGGACGCCAUCGGACCGGGAUAGGUAAUAGGAGAGUAUACAGAGAGACGUCGAAAAGGAUAAAAGGAAACAGUUCAAACGGCCCCAACAUACCAACGAACACUUCACCCUGAUAUCCCCAUUCAUAGCCUUUUCUCCCAGCAUCUACACAUCAACCCUCGAAUCAUUCACAAUGGCCACCCAGUUCGCUUCCCGUCAGCCCGUUAUUGGCAAGGAGAAGGCCAUGCCUACCCGCCAGGACUCCGGAUACGCCUCUCCUUGCGAUUCCCCUCGUCUGACUGUUAGACUCAACGACGGCAACGAGAUUCCCCAGAUCGCCCUUGGCGUCUACAAGGCCCCCAACGGCCAGGAAACUGAGGACGCCGUCAUUGCCGCUCUCGACGCCGGCUACCGACACAUCGACUCUGCCGCCAGAUACGCCAACGAGGAGGCCUGUGGCCGCGCCCUGAAGAAGUGGUUCCAGAAGACUGGCACUCCCAGAUCUGAGGUUUUCGUCACUACCAAGCUUUGGGACGCCGACCACGGCUACGAGGCCACUUUCAAGGCCUUGUGCGACUCUCUGGAGAAGUUUGGUCUCGACUACUUCGACCUCUACCUGAUCCACUCCCCCUCCGACGACAAGGAGAAGCGACUUGCCUCUUGGAGAGCCCUUGAGACUGCCCAACGCUUGGGCAAGGUUCGCUCCAUCGGUGUCUCUAACUUCAGCUCCCAGCACAUUGAGGAGCUGAUGAAGGAGACUUCUGUCGUCCCCGCAGUCAACCAGAUUGAGGUUCACCCCUUCUGCCAGCGCCAGGAGCUCGUCGACACCUGCCGCAAGCACGGAAUUGCCGUCGAAGCUUAUUCCCCUCUCGCUCGCGGCAACAAGCUUGAAGAUCCCACCGUCGGCAAGAUUGCUGAGAAGUACGGCAAGACCCCGGCCCAGAUCCUCCUCAACUGGAACGCCUCCCGCGGCAACAUCGUUCUUCCCAAGUCCCUCACCGCCCACCGCAUUAAGUCCAACUUUGAGUCUUUCGACUUCGAGCUCUCCCAGGAGGACAUUGCUACCAUCGACGCCCUCGAGGAGAACUACGUCACUGGCUCCCUCCACAAGGAGUAAAUAAUAUCAACAUAUCUGGCCUUCGGGCACCCCCUUCGAUCGGUACAUCGCUGGUUCACCAGCGCGAGCUUGAGCAUUUCCUCCGUCCUGAGGGCAUUGGAACCGCCUCUUACAUUUGCCGACGUGACGAUUCAAGCACGUCGUCCAUCCAGGACAUUAUAAAAGGAGUUGAUUGCAUGCCACUUGACUUUUGAUUCCCCCCACCAAAGAGUUUAGAUUGGAGUUUGGGUUGUUUAUGGGAGGACACAAGGCAAGACAUCAUACUUAGACCAGCGAGCUAGACAGUACACCAGGCGAGCCCUGGUACGAAUUUAUGGCCUAUUUCUUUUUGAGAAACUAUUGAGUGUGAUCCAUGGG